AUUGUGUUAGAGUUACCUCCCCUCUCCCGCCAAUAUGUCCACGUUGCAAAUCCAUAAACAAAAGAUAUUUGAGAAGCCUAGUAAUUAGUUGCUAAUUAAAGGGUGAUACUACAUAUCUAAAUGCUGGCUAGGGACAGGAUUAUACAGACUCACUUUAUGCGAUAUAAUGAUCGUAAAGAUCGUAAAAAAUGAAUCCAAGAAAAAGGAGAAAAUUGUUGACCUGGUUAAUUGGCAUUUUUGUUUCACUUUUGACGUUUUAUUUUGUGAAAAAUGCAUACACAUUCGUUGUCAUGAAAAAACUGGGAGCCAGAUUGAAACCAGGGGAAUAUCUGGUAGAUUUCGGUGACUUUGAAAUGGCAAAGUUUUUGACUGUGAAUGAACCCGGUAUAAAUCCCUUGCAAGGAAGACAGGAUCGAAAUAUCACCACACUACACCGGCAGCAUCCAGAUACCAGACCAGCCAUAUGUUUGUCAAAGAAGGAAAGUAUUAUAUCUCUACAAACCAGUAUUAUUGUCUAUUAUAACAAUCAAAUGAGGUUAAAUCUACUGAAAAUUAUAUACAGUAUUUUGUUAAGAACCCCACCAGAGUUGAUCCUUGAAAUCCUACUGCUGGAUGAUAAUAGUGAAGAUGCAAGUGCUUCUGAAAUGUUGUCAAGAAUUCCAAAAGUGAAGAUUAUUCGUAAUCAGAAACAAGAGGGUAUAAUCCGAAGUUAUAAUCUAGCUGUCAGUAUGGCACAGGGACCUGUGUUAAUGUUUCUAAAAGCUGACUGUGAGGUGAAUGUGGGAUGGCUUCAGCCUUUGAUUGAUAGACUGGCUCAAUUACCAACUGCAGUUGUUGCCCCUGUAUUGGAUAAAAUUGAUACAAAGGGAGAAUACUCUGCCUCAAUGAAUUCUGGAAGGGGAGGGUUUGAUUGGAGUUUAAUCUUUAAAUGGGAAGAGAGCAGUCAAGGAAAUGAGCAGCUAAAUGGCAAAAUUAUAAGGUCCCCAGUUUAUCCAGGUCAUGUAUUUUGUAUAAGAAAAGACAGAUUCCUACAGCUAGGAAAAUUUGAUGAUGAGCUAGAAUUGGAGGGUGGAGACAAUUUUGAAUUAUCAUUUAAAACAUGGUUGUGUAAUGGUGUUGUCGAGAUAUUGUUGUGUAGUCGUGUAGGUCACCACGAACUGGACAAUGAGAUUCAUGGAGUACCGUCCGGAAAGCAAAACAUCUACUUAAAGAAUAUCAAGCGUGUUGCAGAGAUUUGGAUGGAUGAUCACAAGAGAUUCUUCUACUACACGAAACCUUCUGCUCGAAUGUUGAAUGUAGGGAGUGUAAUGGAGAGAAAGUCCUUGAGGAAGAAUUUAAAAUGCAAAAACUUCAAAUGGUAUCUGGAUAAUGUGUAUAAAGAGCUAAGACUACCAUUGACAGAUGAGAUAUUGUUUGGUAAUAUUCGUCAAGAUGACCUCUGUGUGGACAUUGAGAUAGGUCAUGUACCUGCUAUAGCCAAGCUGAGUGAGUGUAACAGUGACAGAGGCACUCAGGACUGGUCAUUUAAGAAGAAAGGGGAGAUAAGCAAUGGUGGGAUGUGUUUGACAGCGGACACUAUUGGCACACAUGGUUAUGUGAUGAUACAUUUUUGUACAAAAGAAGAUUCACAGAAAUGGAAAUAUUUGAAUGGUCAGAUUUAUCGUGAGGGAACCAGUCAGUGUUUAGACAGUCACAAAGCUGAUGUAGGUCUCGUUAUCUCACAGUGUGAAGAAUUGUUUUCUAGUCAAAAAUGGAAGGUAGCUUCAAAAUCCAUGAUGUCUCGAAACAAAGAUGAAGUUUGAAUGAAUCUAGUCUAUCUUUGUAUGAGCAAAAAGACUUGGGAUCAAAGUGUCCUUAAAACACAACACUAUAAAAGCCUUACACUCACUGGUACUUUGCAAAGUUCUAGGCAGUGUCACAAGUGCCUUUUAUUCAUAAAAAUAAAUUCAAAACCCCUUAUUAAAUUAUAAAAAUUGGAAAUGUUAUUAACUUGUAGCCUGCUGGUUGCUACUUAAAAAUCCUGUAUGUUGUAAUUAAGGUUGUAUCGCACUUAAGUGAAAUUUAAUACAUUUUGUAUAUGUACAUAAUUAUGCUUCUAAAACAGUUUUCAAACAUCGAGGAAUAUGUAAAAUAUGUACUGCAAAUAUUUGUCCACAUUAUAUGUAAUUAUUAAAAUAUAUGCAUUCAUUUCUUAUUGAAAAAUUUGACUUAGACUUUAUAGAAAAUAAAUUUCUUAUGACCUCCCUUUAUUAACAUGAAAUGUAAAUACAAAUAAUGCUUUUUGAAACUUACAAUAUUG